AUGGCUGUAACGUCUGAAAAAUCAUUUAUUCAGAAAUUAUCUCCUUCUCUAUCCGUAGAUUUGCAAGGCGGAACUUUACUCGGUGUCAAAGAGUUUGACGAAGUUGAUGAAAAUGAUGGCUGCAAAGUACACGUAACAGAGUAUCACAUUCUUUCUGCUGAUGGUGAAGAAGAAGUUACGAAAACUUGUCGAAGAAAACUUAAAAUUGAAUGCAAUCAAAGUACCAGAAAGACGGAAAUAGCGAAUGGUCGUGAAGCUUUUAUAGAAGAAAAAACCGAACGAUUAUUUGGCGAUAUUGAUGGUUUAAGGCAACCAGUAGUUCGUGUUGACAGAUCUAGAACGAUUGUGGAUUCACCAGAUCCAGAGAAUGCAGCGAUUGAUGAAGUGUUGCAAAAGACACGAGAAAAUUUUCUCACCAUGUUAAGUGAACAGAAAGAUCAGCUAAUAAAUAUGUUUCCCGAUUUGUUUUCUGAAAUGAGGACAAGUUCAUCACUUUUUGAAACUCCGCAAACUGAGAUUGAAACGGUCGUUAAUCCUGAUGGCAGUACAACGACGCGAAUGCGCUCCUCCACUGCUUAUAGUUCUCGCUUUUCAAAGCAUGAAAUGUACAUAAAUGGUGUCAAGCAAGGAUCGAAGAGUAAAUUUAGAGCUUUCAUGGAAUAUAAAGGCCCAGAUGGGGGAUUUCGAGUGAAACUUCGUGAUACAUCCGAAGAAGACCUUUCGGAAGAAGAAGCAGAUGAUGUUAGUGAUGAUAUACAGUCACAGAUCUCAGAAAUCCCUGACACUCAAUCAGUUGUAAUCUCAGAAAUUGGCAUGAAUAGAGUGCCUACAUUAAAAGAAAAAAUUAAGAAACGUAAGGAAAAAGCAUGGCUUGCUGUCAAAGAAUUAGUCGAUUCAGAACAACGAUAUGUAGAUAAACUUCGAUUGCUUGAUGAAACAUUCCGGAAAAAGGUUGAAGAAGAAAAAAUUCUGGAAAAGGAGAGAAUAACGCAGAUUUUUUCUAAUAUAUCCAGUUUACAUCAGUUUCAUAGUACUCACUUAUUACCCGCAUUAAUGGAAAGUUCUCGUGAUUGGCACACUACACAUAGAAUUAGUGAUAUUCUUCGAAAACGUGCUCCUUUUCUGAAAAUGUAUUCCGAGUACACAAAUAAUUACAAACGCGCCACCAAAGUUUUUGAUGACUGUUUAAGGAAGAAGCGCCGUUUUGCGCAAAUUGUCCAAGAAAUUGAGCUGAAACCAGAAUGCGAAAACUUACCUCUGGUCUCGCACCUAAUAUGUCCAGUACAGCGUGUGAUGCGGUAUCAAUUAUUAUUACAAGAAUACAAGAAACAUUUGGACCCUGCAGAUACGGAUUAUAAUGACACAGAAACCGCGUUGGAGCUAGUAUUAGAGGCAGCAAGUCAUGCCAAUGAGAUGAUGCGAAAAUUGAGCCGUUACAAAGAUGUAUUGGAAGUUCAAGAGCAGCUAGGCAGUGCGAUGUCGUUGGUAUCACCAGGUCGAGAACUGAUAAAGAAAGGAAAGCUAAUAAAAAUAUCAUCAUCUUCGGAGAAAACUGAAGAACGAUAUUUAUUUCUUUUCAAUGAUUUAUUACUUCUUACAUCAGAACGUUUGUUGCCAGGCUUCGCCAAACUAAAGGUUCGAGCGAUAUUCGACGCUAGUUUAACUCAGAUUUGUGAAGGAGAUAACUUAGAACGUGAAAAUUCGUUUUAUGUGCGUGGUUCUGAUUCGUCAACUGGUCCAUCUCGGUGUGUAGAACUGAUGACUGAAACUAGUAAAGAAAAAUGUGAUUGGAUAGACAUGGUUUGGAAUGUCAUAAGUGAAAGUCUAACGAGGAAGAAAUCAUUUAUUGCUCCGAUAUCGAAUACAAUAUCAUUUCGGUCUGAAACUCGCUGUUGCGCCAAAUGUGACAUUGAGUUCUCAUUUAUUUCGAGAGGUACAGUAUGUACUCGUUGUCGUCAACGAUUCUGUAAAAAGUGUUUUGGUAAGCUACGGAAUGAAGAUAAAAAUAUGCGUAUUUGCAAUGCAUGUCUGCGACAGAGCGAUUUUUCUCAAGUAAAGGAAAAUAAUUUACGUGCCCGCACAAAUCCGCUCUCACUGGGAGCUAGAAAGGGCGAAAUACUGUUCGCCGGUAACGUUAAAUUUCGUGGUUCAUUGAAUAAACCCUUGAAGAGGUAUUUCGUUGUACGCAAGAACUUCUGUUUGUAUUCAUACGCAUCUGAUAAUGCAGAUAGUGCCCUUAGCAUGCUUCCGCUUCCUGGAUGUGAAGUUAAAAUGAGUGGUGAACGAUUUACUUUUACUAUCAAACAUAUGCAUCGACAAUACAUUGUAAGCGUUGAAAAUGAAGAAGCACAAAUAAAGUGGAUGGCCAUGCUUGAUCUUGCGUCAAAUGCCGUACUCAGGGAGAAGGCUCGGUAAAU